CAGUUUUAGUCAUGGCGGCCUCCAUGGCGAGUGUGCAGCGUGCGCUUGGGAAAGGAAUAAUUCCUCCUUUGGUGGUGAUUUUAGGAGCUACCGGUACUGGCAAAUCCAAACUAGCGAUCGAGAUCGGAAAGAGACUUCAAGGGGAGAUAAUAAGCGCUGAUUCCAUGCAGGUUUAUAAAGGUUUGGAUAUUAUCACCAAUAAAGUGACAGCAGAGGAGCAGGAACAGUGUCAUCAUCACAUGAUCAGCUUUGUGGAUCCUCUAGUGAGCAGCUACACAGUGGUGGACUUCAGGAACAAGGCUUUAUCACUCAUAGAAGACAUGCACCGCAGAGAAAAGCUUCCAAUCGUCGUCGGAGGCACAAACUACUACAUUGAAUCGAUUUUAUGGAAAGUGCUUGUGGACACUGGGCAGCAGGAAAAGGCCAUGGUUGGUUCCUCUAUCCCAAAGGAUGAUCUGGAGAAGCUGGGCGGUCCUGAGCUUCACAAGCGCCUGAUGGAUGUGGACCCAGAUAUGGCGUCCCUGUUGCACCCCAAUGAUGCACGAAAGAUUGCAAGGAGUCUUCAAGUCUACCAGGAGACGGGAAUCCAGCACAGUCAGCUGUUGGAGGAGCAGAGAGAGCAGGAUGGGGCAGAUGGUCUCGGGGGUCCUUUGCGUUUCUUAAAGCCUUGCAUUUUUUGGCUUCACUCAGACAUGGACGCUUUAGAUGAGAGGCUGGACAAGCGUGUGGAUGAGAUGUUGUCUUUAGGACUGAUCGAGGAACUUCAAGAUUUUCACAAGCGCUUCAAUGAAAAGAUGAUUCAGGACAACAGCCAGGAUUACCAGCAUGGCAUCUUCCAGUCUAUUGGUUUUAAAGAGUUCCAUGAGUACCUAAUUGCUGGAGAAGAUGUCAGCCAGGAAGAACGAGAGAAGCUGAAAAGAAAAGGUAUUGAGUCGCUGAAACAGGCAACCAGACGCUACGCUCGAAAACAGAACAAGUGGGUUCGCAACCGCUUUCUAAAAAGACCGAGUAGCAACGUUCCACCUGUCUAUGGCCUGGAUGUUACAGAUGUGUCCCAGUGGGAGCAAACGGUCCUCGCUCCAGCCCUAGAAAUUCUAGGCUGCUUACAGAAGGGAGAACAGCCAUCAGUUGAGCCACUCAGAACUGAGGGUGAGGAACCACGGAACAAGCGGAGUCACCAUGUGUGUGAACUGUGUGAUAAAGUAAUCAUAGGUGAUCUGGAAUGGAAAGCUCACCUAAAGUCGAAAAAACACCUGCAUCAUGUGCGGAGGAGAAAAGCCAAAGAGAGCUUGGAGAACCGGCAGGGUGCUGAGUCAGAAACCUCUUUUACUCCCAAGUAUCCGAGAAAAGCAGGUCCCACUACACAAGUACCAGAUAAGAACCAUGAUGAUGAUGAUUGACAGCUCUCUGAAGUUACACUGCCCGUGUGACUAAGCAGCAACUGCUAAGAAGUAUGUGACUCACAUAGAGCAUGUGAGGCCUUGGAUUUUAAGGAUUUGUUCACUGUUUUUGCCUAUGACUUCAUAAUCCGUGCUGUCUCGACCCUGUUAGUGGAUUUAUACAGUUGCCACAGUACCAUGCUGAUUCAUACAGACUUUCUGUGGAGUUUAAGGAGAGCAGGUUCUCCUGUGCACAUUUUAAUACUGGUGCCUUUUCCAUCUAGACCAAGAGGAGUUUUAUAUUUGCAUACAGAGGCUUUACCUUUUGGUGUAAUAUUUGGAUUUGAGUGUGCAAUUUGUAAAUAACUAUAUUAAAUUUAUAAUUAAAUUGUUUUAUUUUUUUAA